ACUGGAAUAUCUUACACAAGGAAGUGCACGACUCAAUUCUAGUUUGGUAUGCAGUGUAUGUGCCAGUAUAAAAGUGCCAGUGCAAGAGGUUUAUCCACAUACGAUCCGACAACAUGAAGAUCCUGCUUCUUACACUGCUGCUCGUGCUGCUGUGUAGCACUCAGGUGCUGACACUCAGCUGCUACACCUGUCAAGGUGAAAACUGCAAGGUAGAGACAGUCUGCCAGGACACAGCUCAGUACUGCAAAACCUAUUCAAGAGGUGAUGACAUUUCUCGAACUUGUGAGGAGAUUUGUGUUGCAGACGAUUUCACAACCUGCUGUGAGUCGGAUCUGUGCGAGUCCUGAGGCAUCACUCGACUUUCGAUUUAACUGCCUGAUUAAUUGCACUAGCAUGGAAAAAUGAACGUCAUAAAUCUGAAAAUGAUGAAAGAUGAUUCGUUGGUUGUAAUUUAAAUGUUGCAGUCCUAUCUCUGAUUUGUCCUGCUUUUAUUUGAAGAGUCUGAUUGAAAUCAAAAAUUUUGAGCUUUGACUUUAUUCUUUAGUCUCAUUGCUUGUCCUACAGCCUUCUUAAACUGCACAACACACAGCCACAAUUUUAUUUAAUGAACUAGUGCUGAAAGCAGAGCCACCACACAUAUGUACACACACAUACACACACACACUUAAACACACACUUAAUCCCUUCUUAGUGGGUCACUGCAACAGCCUACUGCUAUGUGGGUCGCUGUCUGUCACUGCUGUAUGUAAAGUUGGACUCUUUUUAUAGAGCAGUUUCAUGCUAAAAUAAAUCUUUGAUUGAUCUCA